GCCGCCCGUGGAGAAGCAGGUCGGGGCGGUGGAAGCUGUGCGUCCGGGCCCCCCGCCAUGGAAGGCAUGGACGUGGACCUGGAUCCCGAGCUCAUGCAGAAGUUCAGCUGCCUGGGCACCACCGACAAGGACGUGCUCAUCUCCGAGUUCCAGCGGUUACUCGGCUUCCAGCUCAACCCGGCCGGCUGCGCCUUCUUCCUGGACAUGACCAACUGGAACUUACAAGCAGCCAUUGGCGCCUACUAUGACUUCGAGAGCCCGAAUAUCAGUGUGCCCUCCAUGUCCUUUGUUGAAGAUGUCACCAUAGGAGAAGGGGAGUCAAUACCCCCUGACACCCAGUUCAUAAAAACAUGGCGGAUCCAGAAUUCUGGGGCAGAGGCCUGGCCUCCAGGAGUUUGUCUUAAAUAUGUCGGGGGAGACCAGUUUGGACAUGUGAACAUGGUGAUGGUGAGGUCACUAGAGCCCCAAGAGAUCGCAGAUGUCAGCGUCCAGAUGUGCAGCCCCAGCAGAGCAGGAAUGUACCAGGGACAGUGGCGGAUGUGCACCGCGACGGGGCUCUACUACGGAGGGGCUCCACGGGCCUUACCCCUUCGGCCAGUCUUAAACGGGUGUCAGCAAGAAGAAAGACUAACAAAAGACAGAAGGCCUGACUUUGGGGGGAGAGGGCAAGGGGUUCCUCUGGAUUACGGACCCCUGGCUCAGACCCCCACCUACCCCCCAAUCACGGAAGAAGAGGAAGAAAGAGACUAGUUUUGAGUGAACUCAGUAUGCAUGUGUGAAUGCUGAACUGCAGGCGUGGUGUAGAGGCGGCCGAGAAGAGACCCACGCAGCCACCUUGGGUUUGGGUGAUGACGUCAGUCUAAUGAGUUAGGUCACUUGGGAAGGGGAAGAGAUUUAAAUGGGGAAAAAUAAGCCAUCUUUUUAAACAAAAUUUAUUUUACCUACAGAGAGGUUGUAGUUUUGAGCACACGUUAGUUCCUCCCUCUUCCCAGUGUUUAUCUUGUAAGUAAGGGUCAGCAUGCUGCAGGACAGUGCCUGCUCUGGAAGCCUGUCACACUAAGGCUAGCCUGGCAUGUUCAGCGACUCUGCCAGUCAGGGUUGCUGGGCACAUGUUGUGUACCACCGACUGCAGAGUCUGACCCCGUUUGUUCUUAGUGGCAUCUGCCAAUGAGAUGUCACCUUCCUCCUCUCUUUUCUUUACUCUCUUGUUAAUUUACCCCUUUGAUAUUAGUGUCUGUCACCCUUGGGGCUUCUUAGUGUCAGAACCUCUCUGAGGUAAGGACUUUCUUGUGUGGCCACAGAAGCCGGAGAGGGGAGGGCACUCCAUUCCAGAGAUGUCCUUUUCACAGACUUGAAACUGCUGGAGCGCAGCGGCCUGUCCCCUGGGCUCGCCGGGCGUGCCCAUGUGUGCAUGUGCUCUGUGCACACUGGCUUGUAGGGCAUCAGUAAGUGUGAACUGUCUCCUCCUUCUCUUGUCACACAGCUCCCUUCCCCGGGUCUCCCCCACAUGUCCUGGGGCUCCCACCAUUACAGAAUAAAGGUACAGCCCCACAGGAGCCCCACUGCUGACUCCUGCCUGAGAGGUCACAGUCAGGUGGAAAGAAGACCUCCUCCAGCGGGGCGGGGUCCCUCCUCCAGUGGGGCGGGGCUGCUUAGUGUGGGCCACAAGCAGGAGCCCAGCUGGAGCCCAGGCUUUGGCUCCCUGGGCAGGUGCCCACUGGUGUCCCGUGGACUCCACUCGGGUGAUAUGUGGAGCUCUCCAUGGAACUCUUAAGCCAGGCUAGAACAGCUGUCUGCCAAAGAUACAAGAAUAUGCAAAGUCCCUCCUCUUAACCCCUCCUUCCCUAAGUCAGUGGCUUGAAAGCCGGGGAUGUGGAUUUAGUGUGGUUGCAGGGUCCCCUGGCUGCCUCACAGCCCCCGUGUGCUCCAGGGUUGUGAGCAGAGCAGGGAGAUCAGGCGUGAGUGGAUCUAGGAGGUCCUUGGGCGCAGGGGCGGGUGUGUGGGGGUGCGGGUGCACUGGUGUGCGGGUGCGCGGGGGCAGGUCUGGUCUGCCUACCUGUCUGUCUCUGUCUGGAUGUUUGAGUUCCAAAAAGUGUGUGGUGUUUGUCCCUCCUCACCCUCUUCUAAGACUGUUGAUUUUAAAACUUGAUUGUGAAUGAAGAGCUUCUAUGAAAACCCCUCACCUUCCCAUGUCCCAAAAAACAAGCCAACAAAAGUCCCUGGGCAGGUGGAGAAGGCUGUGGAGAAGACAGUGUAGCUGGGUCUCCGGUGAGGCGAGGCUUCUGUGUGACCCUUACGUCCUCUGUACACUUGGACCCUUGAGCCAAAGGCAGUCCCUGCCAGGUGCCCAAGCCACAGCUCUCAGGGGACUUUUGUCUGAGGACCUUCUUGGGGCUAGACAACUGCUGCCAGUCUGAGGACACUGCCACCGUAGAGCACAUGCAUGCCCAGCCAUUCUUCCUGCUUCUGGCCUUGGAGCAGCGUGUCUCCAGAUGCCCUCCUGGAGCCAGGAGAGGCUUCAGCCCUGCCUCACUGCCUUCCCCAUCUGACCCCACUAGGUACCACAGUUGCUCAGUUUCCUGCUGUCACCGAGUGUCCUUGCUCUCCUCUGUGCCCCCUCCUGCUUGUAGCAGCCUCCCUUGGCAAAUGUAACGGCUCAGGUACCCUGGCUUCCUUCCCAGAAACAAGCCUCGUCUGUGCAUCCAGGAGAGUCAGGUCCUUCAGCAGGCCAGAGCUGGUCCAAUCCUUGACCCGUUCUGCAGCCAGUAGAGCCUCCACACGUGAGCACUAGGCCGUCUUUUGGCAGAACCCCCAUCUGGCAGCACAUAUUUCAGGAGGAUUUGGGGAGGUAGGUGGGUGCAGGCUUGGGAAGAAUCUUGUGUGUGUGUAAGUGUGUGUGCGUGUGUGCACGCCUGUUUCUUUUUGCCAUAGAGACAACUGAAUUUGGGGCAUUUUUCUACAACAGCAGCCUCUUCUCCCCCUGGAUGGACGGUAACCGUAAGCCAGGUGCUUUCGCUGAGAUAGCUGGUGGCCGGUGGGCAGUGGGCGUUCACGCAAAGACCCCCAAAUGUAGCCUGAGCUCCAGCUGGAAAGGGUGAGAGGUCAGGCUAGCAGGUGCAGACUGAGUGCUCGCUCCACCUGCCCCUUACCCCUUGUUCCCUUGGGUGAAUGUGGGGCGGCCUGCUGUCCCUCCCACCUGGACAGUGAUGGCUGGCUGUCUGGUGGGGCCUCGUGGGGCCUAGGAGAUGAAGAUGAGGUUUUCCUUACCAUGUAAAUGAAUAUUUGUAUGAUUAAAUUAACACAAAAAAAACCUCC